CGAAAACCAACUGGUACUCAAACCAAUGAAAGGCCACAAUUCCACAUCAAAACAACAACAAUCAGAUCGAACGACACCAAAACCUUUCAAGAAAUGAUGCUUCGAGUUAUAAACAAAACGUCUUUCACCGGCGUCAUCAGCCAGCGACGGAUAACCACCACCGUAAUGAGUUUUGGCGACGGCAGCCACGGUGCACUCGGCUUACCUACCACCGUCGCCGGAAUCGGAUCCCACGCAUACGAACCAACUCCAAUCACAACGCUCCCUCCCGACGUUUCUACUGUCGCCGCCGGUCACUACCACUCUCUCGCCGUUACUUCUAACGGCCACCUCUGGUCAUGGGGCCGUAACGUUGAACACCAAUUGGGUCGUAACAUUGAUUCCCCUAGAGAAACAUGGGUUGAACCGGAAAGAGUGAAUGGGUUGAGUGGUGUUCGAUCGGCAUUUGCGUCGGGUGUGGUGUCUGCGGCUAUUAGUGGCAAUGGGUCAUUGUGGAUCUGGGGCAAAUCGAAGCGUGGGCAGUUAGGGCUUGGAUUCGGGAUUACAGAGGCUGUUGUUCCCUCCAGGGUUAAAGUUCUUGAUAAAGAAGAGAUAAUUAAGGUGUCAUUUGGAUGGGGGCAUGCUCUUGCACUUACUAAAGAUGGGAAGUUGUUUGGUUGGGGAUAUUCAGCAGAUGGUAGAUUAGGAAAGAGAACAAUUAUGGGCGUUUCACCGCUUGAUUCAAAGGCUAAUUUGUCAUCAAGUUUGAAGCUUGAAGAUGCGGAGAAAGUGGUAUUGGAAGCUAUGGACAAGGAGAACGAUAUGCCCAUAAUCUGGGAGCCUUGUUUAGUCGAUGAACUUAAAGGUGUCGAAGUUGCUGAUGUGUCAUGUGGGCUCGAUCACACCUUGGUUCUUCUACGUGAUGGAACCUUACUCAGUGGUGGAAGCAAUGCAUAUGGUCAACUGGGUAGGUCAACACAAGAUACGGAGUUUCUUCCGGUCGACAUAAGCGUCUACCCUGUCUCCAUUGCUUCCGGGCUGGGCCAUUCAUUAGCAAUAUGCCGAAUCCCAUCAGCAGACGGAGGUGGCGGCAUUUCAGGCAUCUAUUCAUGGGGUUGGGGUCAGAACUAUCAGCUCGGGCGGGAGGGUCCCACAAACAUCCCGUUGCCCGUGGAUGGACUGUUAGGGGAAAAACCGUUGUCAGUUUCAGGCGGGCGUGUGCACUCUGUUGCUGUCAUGACCAAUGGAGAGCUUUUUUCAUGGGGGUGUGGUAGAAACGGACGGCUCGGGUUGGGUAGUUCUGCAGAUGAGCCUGAACCCAUGUUGGUUGAGUUAUCAGAAGGUGCUAAAGUUUUACAAGCUGUCGCAGGGUUUGAUCAUACCCUAGUCCUAACCGGCAACUAAAUAGCUAUAUUGAUUACUUGUCUAUUGUUCAAACACAAAUUACCAAGAUGUGAUAUUGAAUUUGACAUAUGAAACAUGUUUUAUAACUGACAUAACUGAUAGGGAAACAUUAAAAGUUU